CCUCCCAGCUUGACAUUAUUAUUCGAGCUUGUAGCUCCCGUGAGCUUGCUGUCCCUCGCUGCUCCUUCGAGCUCAAAGUUUGCACGCCUGCCGCUCGCUUCUUCUCCGCGCUUCGCUGCGCUCGCCGCUCGCUUCUUCUCCGCGCUUCGCUGCGCUCGCCGCUCGCCGGGUGCAAUCUUAGCCUUUGAUACAGAUCUGACGCUCGGAAUGGCUCAAGCAGUGAGCGGUUCGUCCUCUGUAGUUUCACAGUUCGCUGUUACCGCAGCUGACGUGUCAACCCAUCUCCGCAAAGGACCAGUCGUUGCCACGUGGCACGCUACUGCAGCAGACGGCGUGGCGGCGCGGGCUUCCGCGCUUCCAGCACUGCGUGCUCGACAAGCGACCCGAGGAGCCUCUUUGAGAGCUCGCGCCUCGACACCAGUGGACUAUGACUCGUCACAGGAGGCAGCGGAGACGGAUGCGGACGAUGCCGCUUCCACCGACCUCACCAUCGACGGCAUUCUGAAGCAGGCGGCCGACGCCUACCUGUCGGAGGACGAGGCUGCCGUGGCGUCCGUGGAGGCGCAGAUCCGCGCCAUGGAGGCCGACCGGCAGGGGCUGGCUGAGAGGCUCGACUCGCUCACUGCUGAGAUUUCAACCGCCAAGGACCGGUUCCUGCGGCUGAACGCGGACUUUGACAACUUCCGGAAGCGGUCGGAGCGGGAGAAGCUGGCGAUGGCGGCCACGGUGCGCAGCGACGUGGUGGAGGCGCUGCUGCCCAUGAUCGACUCCUUCGAGCGCGCCAAAGACGGGGUCAAGGCGGAGACGGACGCCGAGAGGAAGAUUGAUGGCGCGUACCAGGGGAUUUAUAAGCAGUUUGUGGAGGUGCUGAGGGGGUUGGGCGUGUCUGCAGUCGAGACGGUUGGCAAGGAGUUUGACCCCAACGUGCACGAUGCCAUCAUGAGGGAGGAUUCAACCGAGUAUCCCGAUGGCGUGGUGAUUCAGGAGUUUCGCAAGGGUUUUGUAAUCGGGGACAGGCUCAUCCGCCCCUCCAUGGUCAAGGUCUCUGCUGGCCCGGGGCCUGCUGCUGCUGCUGCUGCUGCUGACGCCGCUGCUGAUGGUGCUGCUGCUGGCGGUGAUGGUGGGUCUGAUGCUUCGGAUGCAGAGGGUGGGGAGAAGUCAGAGUAGGGUUGUGCAAUGUGCACUUAGCUAGCACCAGGAGAGUCAGCAGCAGGGGAGCCAGCAGGAGAGCCAGAAGCAGAAGAGCCAGCAGUGCGUGUCUGCCAUGCCCUGUCAGUUUUGGUGCUGCCAUGCCAUGUCAGCUUUGGGCAUGCCGUCUUUAUGUAUCCCGAGGGGAGAACUGUAGUGCAUGUUGUGAUGUUUAUCUCCCUUUCUGGAAGAUCUAGUUGGUAGCUACGAUUUGCUAUAAGACAGGCAAGUAUGAUGGAUAAGGCCUCUUACACUUGGGUUUCUGCCAACAGAAUUCGAGUUGCUGGUGAAGGAUGAUUCCAAAGCACUAUGGCAGGGCUCCUCAAAAAGGGGAGACUAAGGGCAAUGUUUGUUUUCUAGGUUUCAUUUUUCUUUCUGCCGUCAGUAGUCUAAUUUACAACUCGUUGCAAUUGUACA